AUGAAGGUUGAGUUUGUGUCCAAACAAAUCGUAAAGCCAUCUUCUCCAACACCACAAAGCCUCAGAACUUUUAAGCUGUCUUUCAUUGACCAGCUUGCUCCUGUAAUGCACACUCGAAUUCUAUUUUCUUAUCCCAAUGUUGAAAACGAUGGUGUUGCUAAUCACGACAGGUUUGAGAGCCUAAAGAAGUCAUUGUCUGAGACUCUAACCCACUUCUACCCACUGGCAGGUAGAGUCAAAGACAACAAAGUGAUUGAGUGUAACGAUGAAGGUGUCGAGUUUUGUGAGACUCGUGUCCAUAGCUUCCUCUCCGACAUCCUUAAACAACCUGAUGCUGACGUUGUACACCAGUUUGUGCCAGUCGAUGAUGCCCAUUUAGGAAGUGGGUUUCUAAUGAAAGUUCAGGUGAAUCUGUUUGAUUGUCGAGGUUUGGCUAUUGGUGUGUCCUUUUCUCACAAGAUUGCUGAUGCUUCAACGAUUGGUUCGUUCAUCAGGGCAUGGUCUUUUGCGGCUGUUGGGUGCAUCACUGAGUCGAUGCUUCCUAAGUAUAUUCUAGGAUCUCUUUACCACCCUUCCAUUGAUUUUCCGACUGUUCUUCCUCCUGUUGAGUUCAGGCACUUCGAUUACACUACUAGAAGGUACGUGUUUGAUUCCUCAAAGAUAACAAAACUGAAGGCUGAAGCUGCAAGCAAAACGGUGGAGAAUCCAACACGAGUGGAGGCAGUAUUGGCACUAAUUUGGAAGUGUGCCACAACAGCAUCUAGAACAAACUUAGGAAUAACCAAAAGACCCUCUAUGGUAUCCCAAAUAGUAGACAUUCGAAAAAGGACAAGCCCACCGUUACCUAACACCUGUGUAGGAAACUUCGUAGGUCACUUCAUAGCAAAACCAGAAAAUUCUUCUAGUGACAGUGAAAUGAACUUACAAGGGCUAGUAAUUCAUCUGAGGAAAGGUCUAGAACAUUUCUCAAAGGUUCAUGUCCAAAAACUUCAAGAAGUAAAUGCUUUCAUGACUGUGUAUGAGGGAUUGAAGGACAUGGAACUGUUGUACAAAGAGGGUAUUGAUUUCUAUGGUUGUACAAGUUGGUGCCGUUUUGAGUUUUAUGAAGCAGAUUUUGGGUGGGGAAAACCCAAAUGGGUAAGUAUUCCAUCUACGAAGAUAAAGAAUUCUUUUAUUCUCAUGGAUACGAGUGAUGGAAAAGGAAUAGAAGCAUGGGUCACUUUGAACGAACAAGAUAUGGCCUUAAUGGAGAGUAACCUUGAACUGCUUGAAUUUGCAUCCUUGAAUCCAACUAUCAUAUAA